GGCAGUGUAACAGAUACCGUGAGCAGAACGCACCCUCCUAGACUUUGACAUUUGCUUCCCUCUCAUGUUCUCAUCCGAUGGUGCAACUACAUAACAAGCUGUAUUAGAGAUAAUGUCAGCGAGGUUUGAGGGCUGAAAUUCACGCAAAACAUCAAGCAACAUCAUGAGGAGCCGUAGUAACUCUGGGGUGAAACUCGACAAUUAUGCGCGCAUGGUUACAAAAACAAUACUUCGUCACCAGGAUCCGGUGACGGGGCUUCUCCCAGGGGACCCGGAAACCCACCAUGCCUGGGUCCGGGACAAUGUUUACGGCAUCCUGUCUGUGUGGGCCCUCAGCCUGGCCUACCGCAAGAACGCUGACCGAGAUGAGGACAAGGCGAAGGCCUACGAGCUGGAACAGAAUGUAGUUAAACUCAUGAGGAGCCUGCUGCAGUGUAUGAUGAGGCAGAUUGACAAAGUGGAGAAGUUUAAAUACAGCAAGAACAAAGCUGACUGCCUGCACGCCAAGUAUGAUUCCCAGACAACUGCCACGGUGGUGGGAGACGAUGAGUGGGGUCACCUGCAGGUGGAUGCCACCUCCAUAUUCCUGCUCUUCCUGGCCCAGAUGACUGCAUCAGGCCUUCACAUCGUCUACACUCGGGAUGAGGUGGACAUCAUCCAGAAUCUUAUGUUCUACAUCGAGGCUGCGUAUAAAGUGGCAGAUUUUGGAAUGUGGGAACGGGGGGACAAGACAAACCAGGGGAUCCCGGAGAUCAACGUCAGCUCAAUCGGCAUGGCAAAAGCUGCACUUGAGGCCCUGGAUGGCCUCAAUCUGUUUGGCGCCAAGGGGGGUCAUGAAUCUGUAGUCCAUGCCCUAGCUGAUGAUAUUCAGCGCUGCACGUCGAUCCUUAGUUCCAUGUUGCCAAGAGCUUCCACAUCCAAAGAGGUGGAUGCUGGGGUUCUGUCCAUUAUCUCGUACCCAGCGUUCGCUGUGGAAGACAUUGACAUCGUUAAUAUGACCAAGGAGGAAAUCAUUUCCAAGUUGCAGGGGAGAUAUGGAUGCUGCAGGUUCCUCAGAGAUGGACACAAAACCCCCAAAGAGGACCCCAGUCGCAUAUAUUAUGAGUCGUCUGAGCUGAAGCUCUUUGAGAAUAUUGAAUGUGAGUGGCCACUUUUCUGGACUUACCUCAUUCUGGAUGGGAUCUUCAUCAACAGCCCUGAGCAGGUGCAAGAAUACAGAGAUGCCCUGGAGGCUAUUACGAUCAAACAGAAGGACGGCCUUAGCCUGGUGCCCGAGCUCUAUAGUGUCCCUGCAGACAAGGUAGACGAGGAGUAUGUGAAUCCCCAUUCUGUAGAGAGAGUUCCCAUGGGCAAGUUACCUCUGAUGUGGGGACAGUCUCUGUACAUACUGGGAAACCUGAUGGCUGAUGGUUUUUUAGCCCCAGGAGAGAUUGAUCCUCUGAACAGACGGUUGUCCACUGUAUCCAAACCUGAUGUUGUGGUUCAAGUGUCCAUCUUAGCGGAGACGGACCACAUCAAACAUCUGUUGAUGAAACAAGGGAUAGAUGCUGAGACCUUGGAGGACAUCCAUCCUAUCAGAGUCCAACCCUCCAGGGUGUUGAGUCACAUCUAUGCAAGGCUAGGUCGCAACCAGAGACUAGGCCUCACUGGGAGACCAUACAGACGCAUUGGCACUCUGGGGACAUCAAAAUUCUACAUCAUCCGUGACACCGUCUUCUCCUUCACCCCUCAGUUCAUUGAUCAUCAGGAAUUCUACUUGGCAUUGGACAACCACAUGAUAUUGGAGAUGCUGCGUAAUGACCUUUCCUACCUGGCGUCCCGCUGGAGAAUUACCGGCUGUCCCACGGUCUCCUUCCCUAUCUCGUCCAAUAUGCUCACUGAUGACCACAAAGAGCUGGACCCUGCAGUACUAGCCGUUCUGAGAAAACUGCAAGAUGGUUACUACGGAGGAGCAAGGGUUCAGACAGGGAAACUGUCCAAGUUCAUGAAUACUUCCUGUUGCUCUCAACUGUCCUUCAUGGACGAUGAGGUGGAUGACCUGGCUCAGUAUCUGGACCAGUUGCUGUCCAUACCGAAACACAGCGAAAAGAUCAGCUCCCAUAAAGGCGGUCUGAACCGCUUCCGGGCGUUGGCCAGAAAGACCCGUGAGAUGGUCUCACUGGUGCACAAAGCACGGGAGCUCGACAUCCACAACGUGCACAUGUACCUCCCUACCAAACUGUUUCGCUCCCGUCAGCCAAGCCUUCACCUAGUGGAUGUAGAUGGCAGGGGCUCCAAUGCCACACCUCCAGUCCAGAUGAAUCUGCCCAGGGACACGACUGGAGCUAUAGACUACCAGGCCCUGGUGCAGGUGCUGAAGCAGACCCAUAACCUUCAGGACCAGGCCGACAUCCUCUACAUCUUCUUCAAAGACAAGGGUAUGGACUGGGACACUAAGCUGCACGGUAAAGGCUCCACUGUUAGACGGCUGCUGAGCAGUCUGUAUGACAAGGCUGGGAACCUGAAACACUGGGGCCUCGUCCGCAUGAUCUCUGGCAUGCUCCGGAAGAAAGUGGAGGAGCUGGAUGAGGCCUGUUCAGAUCUGCUGGCCCACCAGAAGCACCUGACAGUGGGUCUCCCGCCUGAGCCAAGGGAGAAGACCAUUUCAGCCCCCAUGCCCCCUGACAAGCUGGCAAAGCUAAUUGAUGUGGCCAGUGAAAAUAAUCUGACCAUCGCCAUUCUGACUCAGGAGAUUAUGGUGUUCCUGGCCAUGUGUAUCCGCACCCAGCCAAAACUCUUUAGUGAGAUGUUCCGUCUCAGGAUCGGACUGAUCAUCCAGGUCAUGGCUACUGAGCUGGCCCAGUCUCUCAACUGCUCUGGCGAGGAGGCCACCGAGUGCCUGAUGAACAUGAGCCCUUCAGAGCUAAAGAACCUCCUGCACCACAUUCUCAGUGGGAAAGAGUUUGGGCUGAUGAAGAGUGUGCGUUCGGGUGCAACAGGUACAGACUCCAUUGCCAUCCAGGAUAUUUCACCUAACUCUAAGAGUGUGGGCGGGAGCAAACAUCAGAGUAAAGUGAGGAAGCUGUCCUUAUCAGUGCAUUCCCUUGACAUCGAGAACAUUGAAUCAGGGCGGUACAGACUCCCAUCCAUCGAGUCGUUGCAGAGCGCUACAGAAAAGAUGGCAGUGAGAGACAGCCGCCAUGGCCAGUGGUUACGUAGGAGACGUCUAGACGGAGCCCUCAACAGAGUCCCUGUUGGCUUCUACCAGAAGGUCUGGUCCAUCCUCCAGAAGUGUCAUGGCCUAUCUAUUGUGGGGUGCAUUCUUCCAGCGUCAACCACAAGAGAGAUGACCCCCGGUGAGAUCAAGUUUGCGGUGCACGUGGAGACGGUGCUGAAUCGCGUGCCCCAGCCAGAGUACCGUCAGCUGCUGGUGGAGGCCAUACUGGUGCUCACCCUGUUGGCCGAGGUGGAGCUGGAGAGCAUCGGCAGUGUCGUCCAUGUAGAUAAGAUAGUCCACAUGGCCAGUGAAAUGUUUUACCACGACCAGAAAGUGCUGGGGGCUGACGACACCCUUCUGGAGAAAGAUCACUCCAAUGGGAUCUGCAGGCUGCUGUAUGACAGUGCCCCUAGUGGCCGCUACGGCACUAUGACCUACCUCUGUAAAGCCGUGUGCACCUACGUCCAGGACUUCUUGCCAAGCGGUGCAUGUGCCAUCCAAUGAGCUUCUAUGCGCGUCUGUGCCCUCCAAUUAGCUAACAACACAUACUGUAGUAGGGCUCAGAACCUGAGAAAGGCUGAUUUUUAUCUAGUCACCUGACCUUUUCAUCAUGGAGGUUAAUUUGUUUUGAUAUAUCACAUCCCAGCAAGCCUGUGCCUGACAUGAACAAUCGCUGUGAGGGGUCCCAGUAUUUUAAAUACCAACUUCUGAUAAUACAGCAGAUUAUUCUCAGAGAAAUGCAUGAAGCUAGGUUUCCAGACUUGUUAUUCACAGAAGGUAGAUAUUUCUUACCCUAAAGAUGGUGCAGUGUGAUUCUAUGUCAGAGUGAGCGAUUGUUGCAAUACUAGUGGUAGUGCUGCUUUUGAAAAUUAUCAUUUUCCUAUUGUGUUUUUGGGACAGGUGUGCUGUAUGGAUCUUUGAUUAAUACAUUAUAGUGACAAUCUUCAUCUUGUACACUUUGUGAGUGACAGUGCUUCAAGGCUCUCUCAUAGCGAACUCGUAUGAUCCAAUUUGACAAUUAUUCAUCAGUAUGAAUGAUGCUUUAACCUGCCGAUAUUAGCUGUCAAGGUGAUUAUCUGUAUAUCCAAUAGAAACAUGCAUUGCACAUCUACCAACAAGCUGUCACUGGUGAAAGGUACAGAGGCUACAAUGAGCAGCAAGAUGACCGCUGCAAAAUAACAACAAAACCUGAGCAACAUAUGACAUUUUAUUCAAUUGUCUUCCAAAAACAACAACCUCUGCAUUUUAAAAGAAACCAGUUCAUAAUGUAAUUUAGCAUUGACAAUUCAGUGUAUUGUGUUCUCAAUCCAUUUGAUGUACAAAAAUAAAUGAAAAAUCAAAAAAAGGUAUGGACCCUCACUUCCAAAACAGGACAUCCUGGACAAUGCUUUGUUUCAUCACAGGAAAAAAAAAAAGACCGUUUUCAGAUGGGCAAUAUGGAGUAGAAUACGGUAAACAAUAGAAAAGCAUAUUGUGAAAUAUGCAUAAAUGUAUAUUAUACAUAGCCAGAGUACAUCAGGCAAAAAGUGACAAUGCAUGUUGACAUCUUUCAAUGGCUAAAAGAUAAGGGAGUGAGAUUUUCCACUGCAAGCGCAAAGGAAGAUUACCAAUAUUGGCAGAGAAUGACAUGAACCAAUGGAAGAGGGACAAGACUGAACAUACUUAGAAGUCCAAAAACAUUGGCAGAGUACUCAACAAAAAAGAGAGCAAGCGUUCAACAAAUGUAUUGAAAAUAGCAACGCUUUAACAAGGAGGGGUUUACAAGACUUGAAUGUCUAGCUAGCUAGGUGAUGCAUAGCCUUUAUAUUCAUGUUGUUUCACGAAUGUGUGGUCUCAUAACUGAACAGAUAUUUGAUAGAGCUUUGAAUUGCAUUUCAAAUGCAAAACAGACAUACAGUUAUAUCUGGUGGGACACACACAUUUAUGAACGCUUAUGUAAAGAGGUAAGUCAAAAUCUCGUGGAGAAAUUCCUAAACAUUUGCAAACACACCGGUAAGUGAAAUUUCACAUAUGAUCAUGCUCUUUACCGGGCACACAAGUCAAUAAAAAGACAACACUAAUCAUGCAAAAAGACUCGUCGCUGAAAUCAAAUUCCUCCAAAUUGGAUAUCAGCAAUGUGACCUCGAGAAAAAGCUGCGCUUGAUGACUUUGGUGCAAAAAUGUUCCUGUACGGAGAGGACAGUGUCCACUGCCACAAUGAAGACACUCUUGGUAGACCAGUUGUGAUACUGUUGAACCUAACCCCCAUCAAGA